AAAUUUUUCAUUUUCAUUCAAGUAAUUAGAAACAUCCGAUAAUCGGAAUAUUUUCUGAUCAUGAACUGAACUAGGAUGUCUAGUGUAGCAAUUUGUAAUUGAAUUCCUGUGAUCACACACCAACUAAUCUCGAUGAAACGACUGAGCAUGGCAGUGACUGUACCAUGCCACAAGUUUUUUAGGUGCAUGAAUCGAGUUGCAAUUACUUGCAGUACAUCCGAUGGAAAAAACUUUUGAAGAGUACAGGCACGGGACAACCACCUUAAGAUGUAUUCUAAAACACUGCAGUAUAGUUCUGUCUCGCUCAGUUGCAUGCUGGUAAUCAAAACCACGACAUUACCCUUAGUACCGGCAAUUGUAAUUUAGUAAUAACAUCAGGACAAUGAAUGUUAGAAGUGCAACCUUCUAUGGAACUUUAACUGCCAUAUCGUUACCUUUUUUUUUACUUUAUAUAUUGGGGACCUUGCAUUAUGUUACUGUUCAUGAAGAGAAUACCUGCAAUAUGACAUUUAUGUUUGAAUACUCACAGUAUGUGAGGAUUACAUUAAAUAAGAAAGUGGAAAACCAAUUUCCUAAAUUCAGUCUGUAUUCUUAUGCAGAAGGUUUUGUUACUGAACGUCACAGAAGAAUGCAUUUUUCUGGUAUUCCAGUUCUCUUUGUUCCAGGUAAUGCUGGAUCCUUUAAACAAGUAAGGUCAUUGGCUUCAGUCGCAUUACGGAUAAGCAUAAACGAAUGGACUCCAUAUCAUUUUGACUUUUUUACUGUCGAUCUAGCAGAGGAUUAUUCUGCUCUCUAUGGAGGUGUACUCAUGGAAAAAACCUUGUACAUCUCUCAUUGUAUACAGAGAAUUUUGGCCAUCUAUAAUGGGAAAAUAAAGAAUAUCAUUAUUAUAGGUCAUUCGAUGGGUGGGAUUGUGGCCAAAGGAUCAGUAUUAUUGACAGACAACUCCCAUCCUGGACAAGUGAACAUGUUAAUCACUUUGGCAGCACCGCAUGUACCAUUAUUGAUGAUCGAUGGAACGUUAGAUGAAUAUUAUAGGAAUUUAAAAAACGUGUCUCAUCGGCUCAAAGAAUCUGGCACAACUAUAAUCUCUAUCAGUGGAGGUUCCAAGGAUAUGCUUGUCACAGCAUCUCAAGCUAUAGACCCCAUAGCCGAUAUAAAUAUUGUUACAACGAAUAUUGCGAACGUAUGGACAUCAGUGGAUCACCUUUGCAUUCUUUGGUGCAAACAAUUGAUGAUGUCUAUUGUGCGAGCUCUUUUUGAUUGCGUAGACAGUACUAAACCUCCUGCACAAAUUAUAGCUGAUUCGGAGGAAAGAUUGAAAGUUAUGUCUUACCAUCUUCUGAGGUCCUCCAUGGGAAAAAAAUAUUCUAAUUUUAAAGCGACAGUAGAACUAUAUGGCGGUGUGUGGAUCGAAAAUAUUCGUAGACAGUACGUGUGGUCGGCUAAAAAAUACAUGGCUGAUAAGUCCAGGAAUCAUGAGGUUUACCUCAUGAUCAGAAUUUUAAAUCCUUGGAAUCGUUUGACUAUUGAAACUUUCAGUUUGGAUAGUAGUGAGUGGUUGUUUACUUGUUCUGCCUUUAGUGUAGAAGGAAAUUCUCGAAUAUGUAAGUGGGGAUGGAAUUUAACGAAUUUCACAAGAAGCUCACCUGACAUUCUGCGACAUAGAAAAAGAAAGGUCGUCGACCUGAAUUUGAAUGAAAUAAAUCGACCUUCAGUGACGCAUGUUGUAAUUAGAGUGCCAAGACGGUCAUUACAACAAAAUGCUAUCAUACAUGUGGACUCGUACUCUAAUAAUCAACGGAAUAUACAGCUGAAUGAGAAAAUACCAUUUCUGGGAAGAUUUUUUGGCUUAAGUAAAUUCGAUCCAAUAAAGUUCCAUCGUGGUAAUGUACGUUACUACGUAGCUAUCCCGAAUAUAUUGGAUUCAGUAUCAAUUAAACUGGAAGACAUAGAAUGCGAAGACGAUUUUACAGAUAUUCAUCAUGCAAUGAUUGAAUUACUGGAACCUUGGAAUCCUGACAUUGGACAAUUUAAAUUUUUCACGGAUAGGGACAAUGGACCAAAAGUAAUGAGGUUACAAACUGCUCACAAAAUGUCUAAUGUAACUCCAAUAUUAAGAAUGACAUUAGAUCCAAUGUGUUCAUAUACUUUUGAUAUCCAGAGAUCCGGUUUAAUAGAACGAGUACUAUGUUUGGUGAGAGAUCGUUGGCCAAUCUUAUACACAGUCAUUGUGAGCCUGUUGAUCCUUGCCAUUGGUAUCAGAGUUGAUCAUGGACAGAAGGGCGUAAAGAUCACAACUGUCACAAUGAUUUUUGGUGUUUAUCUGGGAAUUGGUCUAGAAAUGGCUGUGGCCUGGACUGUACUUUUUGUACUCACCACUGCUACAUGCGUGGCUGUUAUUCUUUUUGGCUCUGUGGCUCAUAGCGUGGCAAUUAGGUUUCUAGCUAGAACCAUUACCUUCUCAAUGACUUGGUCUGAUUGGAUUUUGGGAGGAUUAAAUCAAUUGCCUCUAGUUACUACAGUUCUACUAUUGUCUUUGAUUCCAGCCACCUGCGGUGCGCUGGCUAUGUUAAUAUCAGUCUUUCUUUACUUUCUGAAAUUGACUAACAUGUACGAAGACUAUCUUGAGCAAUUGUUCAUGGCAUCAUUACGCCAUUUCAACAUACUACCAAGGUCUAAGUCAGGAAGCAAUGACCAAAAUAAUAGUUCCAGUGCAAAGGAACAAAUAAUUAAUCAAUUAGUACUUUUUUUAACAUGGUGUUUUGCUGCAUUACCAGCUAUACCCUCAGUCCUAAUUUGGGCAAAGAAUUUCCGUUACGAAAAAAGAUUAACUUCAGAAAAUCCUGUGUUACUAACUUGUUGGGUGGUAAUGACCACUUGCGGUACUUUAGGAAUCUUACGAAUUCCAUCAAGUCUGGAUGGAAUUCGUUCACGAACUUUAGCAACAAUAUUAUAUUGUUUAAGCCUAUUUAUUCUUUCUACAACAAACAGUGAAAACUCAACGUAUUAUCAGCAAUGGAUGGCACCAUUUAUAGCUGUAGCUAUUGCUAUUGUUACUAUAGAUUCAAUAGUACCGAGGAAUUAUUGAUUCUUGUACCGCAUCAUCAGAAAAUUGAUUCAUAGUAUAAUUAUGCAUAUCGUGCAUUUUUCAUUAGCAUUGGCCUAGAAUUACUUCGAAUACAGGUAAAAAAUGAAUGGAUAAAUCAAAUUUAGAUUGUUCAUAUACAAUACGUAUUAUAAAUAAUUUAAAAUUAAUUUCUAAAAUUCGUACUGUCUCCUUAAGACUAAGUCAUAUCUUAAGUACAAAUUUUCAUAUAUUUUAAAGUUCUACAAUCGAAUAAAUGUGGAAUCAAGUAAUAAAGGCAGUGAUCUCUCAAAA